AUACUAGUUUAAUUAGUGACACUUAGCCUACAUUUUAAAACCUUUAUUUGAAUAUGGAAACAUGACACCUUAUUCUACAAUAUUUCUAUGAUUAAAUCGCUGACUCCUCCCCCAUCCAACACAGUCUCACCCCCUACUCGUCAAAUGUCUGACGCAUGGUCAGUAGACCCUGGCGUCACUUUUUAACGCACUGGGUAUACCUUUGGCGUUAUUUUUCGACGUGCAGGGUAGUCCGAUAGACUUCUAUAGAACUCAACAGCGUUGAAAUUUGACGUCUUGGGUCAGCACACCGCAACCCGUUGUCUGCCUUAUGGGUCGACACUACAAUAAAUAAAAAUAAAAAAGGAAUAGGCUACAAAAAAUGAUUUAGUAAGCAUUUUAAGUAAGCAUUUUAAGAGUUUUCUUGUCAUAGGUAGGACACUGCUGUAAUUAUAGCAUGCUGGAUAACGUUUUUAUCGGAGGUUUGUUGAUUUUAAUAAAUAUAUAUAAUAUGCUACGAUUGAGUUCAAUUAAUCUUUUUUUGUUGUUGUUGUUUUAUUAAAUCCUCUAAAUUAAUAACGCUGACGUCAACGUAUGGGCGAUCCCAAGGUCCAUUGCGAUUUUACACUCGAUUUCAAAAUGUCUCAAAGGAAGUUCAAGCCUUGCCCUUCCUGCCAAGCACCUAACCAGGUGAGCCGCAAAACCUGCAGCUCUUGUUUCUCACCCAUCUCCCAAAAAAUCAAAGUAGCUGCCAAAAAAAUGACCCUGGACAGGAAGUGGGGGGAAAGGGUCCUAAAAAAUAGAAAUGCGGGAAGAGUGGUGGACUCUGCCCAUAUUGCAGUAAAAAAACUAAGUGCAUUGGGCUAUGUCCCAAUUCUAUUUUUCGGCAAGAAGGAUAAGGCCUCUGGAAAGUGGGUGGCCGAUGUGGUGACUCAUCUGCCACCCACUGAGGAUAACCUAAAAAUUGUGGCCACCAUGAGAAAGGCCUACAAUUUUGUAUUGAUCAAAGAAGGGAACUCCACGACGACAUUGCCCGAGCCCCAACCUCAGGCCCAGACCGAGCCCCAGCAUCAGGCCCAGACCGAGCCCCAGCCUCAGGCCCAGACCGAGCCCCAGCCUCAGGCCCAGACCGAGCCACAGCAUCAGGCCCAGACCGAGCCCCAGCCUCAGGCCCAGACCGAGCCCCAGCCUCAGGCCCAGACCGAGCCACAGCAUCAGGCCCAGACCGAGCCCCAGCCUCAGGCCCAGACCGAGCCACAGCCUCAGGCCCAGACCGAGCCCCAGCCUCAGGCCCAGACCGAGCCCCAGCCUCAGGCCCAGACCGAGCCACAGCAGCCUCAGGCCCAGACCAGAGCCACAGCCUCAGGCCCAGACCGAGCCACAGCAUCAGUUCUUGGCCCUGGCUGAGUCCCAGCCUCAGGCCCAGGAAAAAGAGACAUUUUAUCUUUUAGAUUUAUACCCCGUCUCUCUCCCUGUGAAAGAACAACCCCCCCCCCAAAAAAAGAAAGUGUUGCCGGAAAUGUAGUAGGCAAAAAGUUUUCAAAUAUGACUCCAUAACAGGAAGAAGGAUAAAUGAGGGGCAAGCAGAAGUAAGGGUGAAAUGGUUACCUUGCUCUGCAUGUGGAAAAAUCUGGGAGGAGACAUGGGAGCCGGCCUGCCAGUUCCCACCAGGUGCCAACCAUGUGUGACGUCACCCAUUGGUCUGUAGUUCAAUAUGAGUUGAAUACCUGCUAUGAGUUGUCGAGUUACCCGUUACGGGCACAGCCAUCCUGGUUGCGGAUGUGACUAUUUUAGAUGAGAAGGAGGAGCCACGUUACGUUACACACUUUCAAUGGUUUCCACCCUAACAUGCUGUCAUGCUGUUUUUUUUCUUUAUUAUUGAUUUUUGUAAAAAAAAGCUGUGUUCAAAUAAAUCAAAGUAUACCUAUAUUUCUGUUUGUCUUUCCAUUCACCUUGUGGGUUAGCCAAUCAGCUGAAAUCUUCUUCAACGCGUCAAAUGAUAUAUUGCAAUAUGAUGCACAAAAGUAUGUAGGAAGGUGGGACAUGUUUUCAUUUAUAUUAAUUGACACCAUUAAGAGACAGUUGAUUCCACCAGCUAAACCAUAUAUAUUAUGGGGAAGCACAGGCGAAGCACUGCUACUUGGGCGCAGAGAUAUUUGUGGAUUUCAUCUGUUGCGUGAUAUCUCUGCGCCCAAGUAGCAGUGCUUCGCCUGUGCUUCCUCAUUAUAUAGUCCCAAGUCAAUAUCUGCCUAGGAAAUCGCCUAGUCUUAUUCUGCAUCGCUAUUUGUAUUCAUUGUGAAUACGCAGGCCAGUAAUUAAGUAAUUAGGUGUUUUUUUUUUUGGAUCACUUUUACUCGGGACAUGCUAGCUGGCAACAUAGGAUUCCAUUCAUUAUGCUAAGCUAAGCUAGCGCCGACCCUGCCAAACUAAAACAAUGCAUGCACUGAGACAAAAAUGUAUUUGCCCACAUAUCUAAAUGUAUGAAAAAGUUGAAUAAGCCCUAUUUCUAAAAACGGUGGAAUGUUCCUUUAAGGGUCAUGGGUUUGAUUGUCCAUUUCCAACUAUCCUUUCACCCUCUGCCUUCUCUGCUAUCCCUGGACUGUCCCUGUAUUAAAAGCAAUGGAAUUGCCACAAAAGAAGUCAGUGGUAGUGGAAUUGCAAUGUUGGAUUUCUGGAUUUCUAUUAUGUUUGUAUUUUUCUCUUACUCUCUUUGAAGAUUGUAAUAUGCAAAGGCUUGAGGAUCUUCUUCGGGAUUCAGAGAGCAUUGAUGGGCAGGAUUUUGCUCAGCAGGUGUCAAAGACAGAAAGAGGUCCAACAAUGUUGGCAACAGGCGAGGCCACAAAACAUUGACAACUUGCUGUCAGCUGAGAACAUCUUCCAGAUGACAUGUAAUCACUGUCACGUGAGAGAAGCCAUCAUUCGUUGUGGGGAAUGUUUGCCCUCAGAGUGGUUUUGUGCAGAGUGUGAUCAGUUGGUACAUAAACACCACACUCUGCACAGUAGGCAAACCAGCAUGUAUGGCUUUUAUAAAUACAUUCCUCCAACCGAGUUUGUGAAACUCCAUGAUGGCAAGUACAUUGUCUGUGAACAAGGUUGGUGUCUCUUUUUCAAUUGAUUUGCAUUUUUUCAGACAACAUUAGUAAAUCAUGCAUUAUGUUUUCCAAGUACUUACUCACAAUCCAAACAUUCUUUAAUUUCAUCCUGAUUGUCUUUUGCUCUUGCAGAGUGUUUGCUGCCAACAGCCUUUCCUCAAAUGAUAUGCUCCUGUGACACUCGUGAGGUUGCCAUCUCUGUUGGUAGAGAGUGUGUUUGAAACAUUUUUCUUUCUUCUUAUCUUUAAUCUAGGAAAUGCAGCAUCCAGUCCGGUUGAUGCUCAUGGUUUGCAGAUCUCCAUCGAAGCACUCUUUGUGAGUAUUUGUCUGAAGAAGCACUACCUUUACAGACAGAAUGACCGCAACAAAAGGUGUCAGAAGAUUAGUCAGAAGAUUGCCCAAGAAAAGAAACGCUUGCUAGAAGAGAUCCAGAGAUACAACCAACAACCUGAUGGUGAUCUUGUGGACACAAUCUCAGUUGUGCAGAAACUCUCCAACAAAGCUGCAGAGAGCAUGAUCUGGCCUUGGCAGGAACAGAACACAGAUGGUGUCGACAUUAUCACCAAGAAGAAGCUCUUUGACCAAUAAUGCUUGUCUCACGACUGACAGAAGAAAAACAGAUCCUUGUGAAGGAGAUGAUGCAGCACUGUCAGUACCUUAAGGACUCAGCAGAAAAGGUUCAGUCACUGAUGGCCACCAUUUCAGUGUGCACACAAACAGCAAGCUAUACGAAUGGAUUCACAGAGGAGGGGUCCAAGGGCCUCAUCAGUCUACUUAAGAGAAGACUGCAAGACCUCAGACUCAGACAGCAGACUGUAGCAUGCACAUACAGAGGCCAACUCCUAGGCUGGUGGAAGAGGAGGAAGGGGAAAUGGAUGAAGAAUUGGAUUGGCUAUGUGACAUCAGCUAUGAUGAUUAUGAUGAUGAUGAUGCAGAGUUGGGGACUCGAAUCAGACUCAGGUCACAGUUGUAAUCACUUUUGCUUUGACUUGUACUUUGAUGAUUUGAAAAGGUUUCUAAAGUCUUGACAAAAGUCUUGACUGUCAUUUUGUAAAUUAGUUCAAUUGCUACAUAUGUUCUCAUAUUCUACUCUCUUUUAUGUUACUGGAAUUGUGAUAGUCAUGGUUAUGUAUGCAACUGAUAAUGUCUGUAAAUACUUGCUGAUAACUGUAUAUAUGUAAACAGAAAUACAAAUGUGAUUUGUCAUCUGAC